AUGGCACCAUCUAGGGUUUUGUCUGCAGACUCCACCACAACACAAGUCGGCAGCUCUGGCUCACAGACAACAAUCAUGGAGACGACCAACCAAGACAAGCAAAAAGACACAUUGAAAGAGAUUGAACAAGCUCCAAUGAGCCGACGGGAAAAGCAAGCAAAGUGGCAGAAGCGCAGAGCGGAAAUGUUGGCUCUCAAGGAACAAAGAGAGAGAGACCAAGCUCUGUCCUCAAUCCCUGAACACCCACCCUCGAGCAGCUCAGCCGGAAAGUUCCAACUACAACCCUUGUUGAAGCGAAAGGAAACACGACGUACAUUAUUCCUGAAGCGCAAGGCGGAGAUGUUGCGUUUCAAGCAAGAACUCGACAAACUUCUGCCUUCGAACCGCGGAAAUCCUCAAGAGUCCUCAAACAGCCUGACCAGAGAUGCCCAACGACAAUCCUCCUCUCAAUCAACCGUCUCAGGCGUACCACCGACCAUAGUAGAUCGAAUGCAAGCGAAAAUCUGCCAGCUUCAAGCACGCAAGUCAGAGUUGAUCUCUCAUCUACCGAUCCUUCAGUCCGAAAUUGUCCAGUUGAGAAGAACUCUUGAUGUAAAGACCUUGAAGAUGCACAAAGCUGGGGAUGAAUUGGCACACAUCAAUCAGCUUCUUGCCAAUUCUCAUGUCCACCAAAACAAUGCCCACCCAGACAGAAACUCCACUCAAAAUUCUCAGCCAUCGGGAAAGGUUUCGAAGUCAGAAUCCGCUAGGGAGCAGUCUUAG